AGGAGAGGCCUUAUCAUGCUCCGGCGGGGAACUUAACGACAAUUCCGGUGAGGGCGAGCCGGCGAGACCGCCGGAUGUUUUUCCUCUAUUAUUAAAUUUUCCCUCUCUUUCUCUCUCAGUCUCUCUCACGCACUUGCUGAGUUGAAUAGAAUAUUUCCUCGAUUUGCGAUUCAGCGCCGGAUGAAGAGAAUGAUGGCAGGCCACGGGAGUAGAGCCAUCGCCACCGAUGUGGAGUAGGCCGUUCGUCGAUAUAGGAUUCAAAGGUCUCGCCUUUCUAAGAUAUUCUUCUCUUUCUAGUCCCUGAUCACUCUUCGCGGCGCUUCUCUAGGAGUACAUGGGUCGCCGACGGGCGACGAGGAAGCGACGAGAGGGGCUCAGGGCGAAGCAGGCGGGAAGGGGUUGUUGCAGGGAGAGUUAGUUGUUGACAGAGACAAAAGGCAUUGCCGGAUUCUUCCUCUCUGAAGAAAUAUAAGAGGCUCAGGGUUUCAAGGGAGCUUACGGUAAUGGGGCUUGUACUCGGAGACGCGUUGAGGCGCCUCUGCGUCGAGAUUGGGUGGUCUUAUGCUGUUUUCUGGAGGGCGGUUGGUCUGCAGGAGCAAAGGUAUUUGAUCUGGGAGGAUGGCUUUUGUGGACGAAUGCAUGGUGGAUUAUCCGGUUUUGAAGCCAUGGAUUUACUCAUUAAGGAGAAGGGUCUUCUUCGCGGUUCUCGGUGCGAGGAACGCUUUGCUGAGCUUGGUCGCCCGACUGAGGACAGAAUCUACACGCUGGUUCAUAAGAGAAUGACGAGCCAAGUACAUGCUGUGGGAGACGGGGUAGUUGGGAAAGCUGCUUCGACAGGGAAUCAUCAGUGGAUUCUGAAAGGCAACCUAAACCCACAAUAUGCAGCAACCAAAGAUAUGGUUGAGAUAAAUCAACAAUUACUGGCAGGCAUACAGACAAUAGCUGUUAUUCCUGUCCUUCCACAAGGUGUUCUUCAGCUUGGUUCCACCCAAAUGAUUUUUGAGGAAAUUGGGUUUGUAAAUUAUGUUCAACAUUUAUUCAUGCAGUCAGGAAGCAUGACUAGAGCACCUAAGCCCCAGCUAUCAGCUAGCAUGCAACCGUCCAUUAGUCAGUUUGGAGAUAUCAGUAGUAAUGUAAGUGCCUUACUCUCCAACACCUUUCAUGACAGAGAUCAACUUUUCAGAGGCCAUGACUCGACGUUUAUUACCAAAGCUUCAUCUGUAUGUACAUCUUCACUUAAUAAGGUGUCUCUCCCUCAACAAAUGUUGCUUGACAACAACAUCGGCCAUGUUGCUAAUUCUAACCUUUAUCCAAAUAACCAACUGAAAAGUGAAUGUCUGGGGCAUCUUGGGACAUCCUCAGCUUGUAAUUCUAGGAUAACCGAAAAUGCCUUGCCAUAUCAUUCACAUUCAGUCUAUGAGAAUCAUUGUCAAUAUGCAGAUGUGAAUUGCAGCUUGUUUCCUGGUCAUUUGCAAUCCCUUGAAAACCAAUAUCCUGCUGACAAACAUGAAGCUAUGGCUGAUAGCUCCAAAGUAUUUCACCUGAGAAAUCAUGAAUCUAAACUCUCCAAUUCCCUUAAAUGUUCUAACUCAGCUUCAUCAUUUGGUAGAGAGAAUAUUGGAAAUACCCAUACACUUUCUAGUGGUAUAAUGGAAUGCAUCGAAAGUCAAAUAUCUUCUAAUAGUGAAGUAUCACAAAUACUGAGCCUAGCAGAUGAUUUAGAUAGGGUUCAUAUGCUUUCUUGUGGCUUUAGCCGGACUCAAUCUACCUCCACUGGUGAAAAAUCUAGGACUAUGUGUUCUGUGGAUAAAGACAAGGAUGGAAACGUAACGUACCAAGCACUUGAUGGAUCAAUGACUGAAGCUGAUGGACAUGGAUCUGGAGAUGGAUUGAAUCAUAGUUCUAACCAAGAUGUUUGGUGUGAUUCAUGUCUAGUUUCAGCAAACGAACAGGUUCCUAACAGCAUCAUUGCACUGGCUAAUGGUCAGAGUAAUAGCACGGAUAUAUUGCCUCUUUCAAGCAUAAAAACAACUUUUGAUCCUCAACAACAAAAUUCUGAUAGCACUCUAUUUGAUUUGUUUGACUUUGAUCAGGUAUCUAAUGCCAAUUACAGUCUUUCGGAUAAUUCUUUUGUUAAUUUGAAUAGUGUGGAAGUUUGUGAAUUGAGCACAGAUGUUUCUACUUGCAUAAGACAGAGAGAUGCAGAUAGAUUUGGUGAUAUAUUAAAUGAUGAAAUUUCUUGUAGUGGUGGGCUGUUCUCUGAAAGUGGUAGCGACCAACUGUUGGAUGCUAUAGUUUCACAGAUGAAGCCAACUAGAAAGCUCAUCUCUGAUGAUAAUGUUUCUUGUAAUACUGCAUCAACAAACAUAAGCAAUAAUUCACUCCACAGCAGUUCUGCACAAUGUAAUGUGGUGGCUAUAUCAGAGCAGUUGCAUGGAAAGUUUGUAGGGCAGUCACCAAUUAGUCCCAAGUCACAGAUAGCUGUGGCAAAUUUCCUUAAUUCUGAGUGCAGCAUAGACAGAUCUGAAGGGGUAGGCUCCCUUGGGGAUGACAAAUUUAAAUCUCAAAUCAGUUUAUGGGUUGGAAAAGCUAGGAAUAUGAAUUGUGAUGGAAUAUCUGCUGCAAAUUGUAAAAGAGUUGAUGAGGUAGGUAAGUCGAAUAGAAAAAGGUCUAGAACAGGAGAAAAUCCCCGACCAAGGCCUAAAGAUCGCCAAAUGAUCCAGGAUCGUGUCAAGGAGCUACGGGAAAUUGUACCCAAUGGAGCUAAGAUGAGUAUUGAUGCUUUACUGGAAAAAACCAUCAAGCACAUGCUUUUUCUGCAAAGUGUCACAAAACAUGCUGAUAAGCUCAAGGAAACCGGGAAGCCUAAGAUCAUCAGUGAGGAUGAGGGCUUGCUUCUCAAAGACAACUUCGACGGCGGCGCAACAUGGGCAUUUGAGGUUGGCAGCCAAUCUGUCAUCUGCCCGAUUGUAGUCGAAGAUCUCAGCACUCCUCGACACAUGCUUGUCGAGAUGCUCUGUGAGAAAAGGGGUCUCUUUCUGGAGAUAGCUGAUUUGAUUAGAGGUUUAGGAUUGACUAUCUUGAAAGGAGUCAUGGAAGCUCGUGAUGAUAAAGUGUGGGCUCGGUUUGCAGUCGAGGCAAACAGGGAUGUGACAAGAAUGGACGUUUUUCUUUCUUUGGUGCAUCUGUUAGAGCCUACAGCAGGAAAGGCUGUACUCGAAGGCAUUCGCAACUGUAAGAAGCCACAUAAUGUGUUCAACAAGCCUUCCAUUCCUGUAACUGGAGCAGCUGAUUGCCUAUGAUAUGCUACUGGUUUCAACUCCUUUUUGUUCUGAGAAUGCUGAGAGUGAGGUUUCUUCCCCGCCAUGACUAGCAUUCUGCUUAUUGCAACUGAAUGACUUGGAAGGGCCUGUGAAUUGAAGACUUCGUUUGGGACAGCUUUCUUCCUGCUUUUUAAAGUGAUUUUUGUACUAAAAAACUACUUUACGAAGCAGGAAGAAAGCUGUCCCAAACGAAGCCGAAGUUGAAUUGCCAUACGUCCUCUUCAAGCUCUUUGAAGUUACUGACCGUUAAUCAAUCCUAGUGUCCAAGUCGAUACAGCCUGGGUAGUUUUUGUUGCCUCUUGGGUGUAAAAAUCGCUGCUUUUUAUAGCUUAAUUUCUUCCUUGAGAGCCUAACCAUGCAUUUGACUAGUGAAUGAUAUUCAUAUUUUGGUUCUGCAUCUUCUUUUGUUAUAGUUUUAUGUUGUAGAUCUGAUCAUUCA